AGAGAGAGAGAGAGAGAGAGUAUGUGUGUGAGUGAGUGAGUGUUGUGUUGAGAUGGGUAAUGUGCGCUACAGGAGAGCACGCUUUCUUGUCACCUCCACACAUUUUGACACGAUUCGUGUGUGAAAUGCGGCUAACACGGAAACGCUGGACUAUCUGCACCAUAAGCAUCUUGCUGAUAUUCUACAAGACGAGAGAAAUGAGCAGAAAUGAAGCGCAUCAGACGACAGGACUGACAGGGAAGUCUGAGCCCAGUUCCACUAGACUGAUGGUCAACGGCUCCGACAAACUGUUCGGCUUUAGUUUAAGUGAUCUGAGUGACAUGGGGGUGGGAUGGAAGAUGAAUGCCACCCUUGGGACCAUCAUAAGGAGGGACGUGCUUCGCUUUUUGGAUGCAGAGAGAGACGUGUCUGUUAUCAAGAGCAGUUUCAAACCUGGCGAUACCAUCCACUACGUUCUGGACCGGCGCAGGACAUUCAAUGUUUCUCAGACUCUACACAGUUUACUUCCCGAAGUCUCUCCACUAAAGAACAAGACGUUCAAGACAUGUGCUGUGGUGGGAAACUCAGGCGUUCUCCUGAAGAGCGGAUGUGGGAAGGAGAUAGACAGCCAUGGUUUUGUUAUACGAUGUAACCUCGCUCCUCUGGAGGAUUUUGCAGAUGAUGUGGGUUUGAGGUCAGACUUCACCACUAUGAACCCAUCUGUGAUCCCGCGGGUGUACGGGGGUCUGAGGGACGAACGACAGCGGGAGCGAUUCAUCCGGCGUUUACAGCAGCUAAACAACAGCGUGCUCUGGAUCCCGGCCUUCAUGGUGAAGGGUGGAGAGAGGCAUGUGGAAAUCGUGAACCAGCUCAUUCUUAAACACAAACUCAAAGUGCGCACGGCAUAUCCUUCACUCCGCCUGAUCCACGCUGUACGAGGGUACUGGCUCACAAAUAAGAUAAAUAUCAAACGACCCUCUACUGGAUUAUUGAUGUACACACUGGCUACGCGCUUCUGUGAUGAAAUCCACCUGUAUGGAUUCUGGCCUUUCCCCAAAGACGGCAACGGAAAUCCUGUUAAAUAUCAUUACUAUGACGGACUGAGAUAUCGUUAUUUUUCUAAUGCGAGUCCCCACCGGAUGCCGCUGGAGUUUAAAACGCUGAAGACACUGCACAGCAAGGGUGCGCUCAAACUGACCACAUCUAAAUGCACAUACCCUUGACGUGCAGCUCAUGAACAAACGCUCAGAACUCAAGUGAAGACUGAGAAAUCAAACUAAUGUGUUUCCAGCUUCGGAGAAGGAGUGUGCCUUCAACUGCAAACUGUUCAUCCUGUGACACUUCUGAUUCGUUUACUAUAGAGAAAGUGCAAUGCUGUACACACUGAACAAACUACUGUUGUUUCCAAAUGAAACAGUCCUGCUUAGUGCGUUGAUAUUACAAUCUUGGAAAAUGUCUUAAACCAAAGUUGCCAAAGAUACUGUAUUUUUAGUAUAUAGAAACAUAAUUAUUUUUUGAUUCGCACAAUUCAGAGACUCCCAACCUGGUCACACAUGUCCUGGUUCUUUGCAGUUCCCUUUUAAGGGCAAAAAAAAGUAAAAUCAUGUGAAUUUGCAUUAAAUUCCAGUCAUAGCAUAUGGUUACUUGGUAAGUCUGAGUUCACCCACAGUAUCCACUUUUUUAAUUGACUGGAAAUUUUAAUAAUAAGUUUAAAUGAUUUUCUAUUAAUGUGAAAUAAAAGGAACACAUGUCUGGUUGGUUGUCAGUGAACCUUAUGGUUACACCUAAAAAGGGAAACACUGGUAUUUAUCAGUCACAGAAUGUAUUUCUGAAUGUAUUACGUGUAUGUUGUCAAAGUCAAAUGUACUGCUGUAUGUCAGAUUGUAUUGGCAUGCCUGAAACCUAUAAUAAUGCCUUACAUUAUUUAUGUGACAUUACAUUGUGUGUGUUACUGGUGGGUUAAGUAAAAACAUUCGGAGAAUUGUUUUUAUCUUAAAACAUGAGCAAAAAAUGUGAAUGUAUAAUGUUAGGCCUUACAUGCAAUGCCUUAGAGUUUUGUUUUUCUACUUCAGUGUAUUCUUUUAUUUAUAUUGUAACGUAUUUUGUAUUUUAAACAGAUGUUAAAUGCGUUUCUAAGCAGUUUUGUGUUUUGUGUAAUCAAACAUAUGGAGGCCUGUUUCCAAAACAGUUCAGUAAAAACUGUAAAACAAAAAUCAGUCUAUACUCAUUAAAAUCUUAUUGUAAUUCA